AUGCAAUGUGAAUUUGUAAAAUCUCUUUUACGACAGAAUUUGUUUGUAUUUCAAUCAUACCAUCGCGCUCACUCAUCACUUCUCAAGAAUUUUGUCAAACGUAAAUCACAAAUUGAUGGACUGGAGUUGCUUCACGUCUAUCGUCAGCAACAAGCAAGCGAACUAUUUGAUGAUUUAAAUCACAUAUACAGAAAAAACCACCUUCCAAAAAAAAAGCUUCCAAAUAUUGGAGACAGAAAUACUACAAAUUUAACUGAAUCUGCGGAAAUCAUCGAUGGCUCAGAAAACGAAGCCGAAUCAAUUGAUAUAGAUCAGGAUGAAGAAGAAAUUGGGAGGUUCACACAAGAUGAGGUGGACAUUCGUAGCAAAUUACUCAAAAUUCUUACUGCACGUCAAAAAGAAGAUAAAAGAGACUGA